ACCUAUCCUACCUACCUCUCCUCAAUCCCUCCAAAAUCAGAUUGGCCUGCUCUGAGGGAAGAAAAUGUCCCUAUUUCUCCCCUCCCCCCCACUUGCUCUGACUUUAUCAGUCUCUCCUGUGAUUAUAUCAGCAGCAGCAUCCAACAGGCAGGGGACAGACAAGUCCUCAGGACUGAGGGGCAGGGAUGAGGUGGGAACCCACCCCUUCUUUGCAUUCCAACUGUUGUUUACCUUGGGUCCUCCAUCCAGAGGGUAGGUCAGGGGGAGGAGCUCAUCCACAUUCUCCUCCCUCAGCUCUCCCUGGGCGACCCUGCACCAGGAAGCCAUGCUGUCUGCAUUUUGUCAACCUGACACAAACCAAGACAGAUUUGGGAAGAGGAUCCUAAGAAGAGAAAAUGCCUCCAUCCAGGGCCGCCUUUAGGAAAGUCUAUGAGGCAUUUUUAAAGUUAUUAUUAACGAUGAAUAUGGAAGGACUCAGCCCACUGGAGGUAAUCCUGGCUGGUGGUCGUGGAUUGUACAAGAGAACAGGUUGAGCAUGCCAUGAGGAACGAGGUAGUUAGCAAUGGUUCUCAUGGUCUCUGCUUCAGCUCCUACCGCUAGAGUCCUGCCUCAAGAUCCUGCCCUGAAUCUCUUCAAUGAUGGACUGUGAUGUGGAAGUGGAAACUGAAAUAAAUCCUUUCUUUCUUCCUCAAGUUUCUUUUGGUCAUGGGGUCUUAUCAUAGCAAUGGAAACCCUCACUAACACAGAGGUGCACAAGGGCCUUACUCUGCUCCCUGAGUUCUCCUGCAGCACAACCCUGCCCUUCUCUUGCCCGGAAGCCACAACCUUCUUUACAGCUCCUAUGGAUCUGAUUCGCUCUGACCUCCAACUGGGUAGUGCUAUCUUGGGUUGGUUGUAAAGUCCAUGCAGCCUGACUCAGACCUGUUCCUGAUCUCGGAUGGGGGCCACGGCGCCGCCCACGCUACUCCUGCUGCUGGCGGCCGCCCUGGCCCCGACCCAAACCUGCGCGGGCUCACACUCGCUGCGGUAUUUCGUCACCGCGGUGUCCCGGCCCGGCCUCGGGGAGCCACGGUUCAUCUCUGUCGGCUACGUGGACGAUACGGAGUUCGUGCACUACGACAGCGACGAGGAGAAUCCGAGGAUGGAGCCGCGGACGCGGUGGGUGGAGCGGGAGGGGCCAGAGUAUUGGGAGGAGGAGACGCAGAGAGCCAAGAGAAGGGAGCAGUGGUACCAAGGGAGCCUGAGGAACCUGCGCAGCUACUACAACCAGAGCGAGGACGGCUCACACACCUUCCAGAAGAUGUAUGGCUGUGACGUGGGGUCGGACGGGAGCCUCCUCCGCGGGUAUGUGCAGUUCGCCUACGAUGGCCGCGAUUACAUCGCUCUGAACGAAGACCUGAAAACGUGGAUGGCAGCGGACACGGCGGCACAGAUGACCCGGAGCAAGUGGGAUCAGGCUGCUGAGGCAGAGAGAAAGAGGGCCUACCUGGAGGGCGAGUGUGUGGAGGGGCUCCGCAGAUACCUGGAGCUCGGGAAGGAGACGCUGCUGCGCUCAGAUCCCCCAAAGGCACAUGUGACCCUUCACCCCAGACAUGAAGGUGAUGUGACCCUGAGGUGCUGGGCCCUGGGCUUCUACCCUGCUGACAUCACCCUGACCUGGCAGUUGAAUGGGGAGGACCUGACCCAGGACAUGGAGCUUGUGGAGACCAGGCCUGCAGGGGAUGGAACCUUCCAGAAGUGGGCAUCUGUGGUGGUGCCUUCUGGGAAGGAGCAGAAUUACACAUGCCAUGUGGAGCAUGAGGGGUUGCCUGAGCCUCUCACCUUGAGAUGGGAGUCUCCUCCAUCCACUGACUCCAACAUGGAAACCAAUGUCAUUUAUGUUGUUGUUGGAGCCAUCUCUGCUGUGGCCAUCAUUGCAGCUGUGAUCAUUGGAGCUCUGGUGUGUGUUGUGAGGAAGAGAUGGAUAAAAACAGGUGGAAAAGGAGGAGACUACGCCCCUGCUCUAGGCAAGGACAGCUGCCAGAGCUCUGAUGUGUCCCUCGCAGAUUGUGAAGCAUGAAGACAGCUGCCUGGAGUGGACUGAGUGACAGACGAUGUGUUCAGGUCUCUCCUGUGACAUCCAGAGUCCUCAGUUCUCUUUAGACACCAGUGUCUGAUGUUUCCUGUUAUUCAAUGUCUUCUGUGUGAAGAACUGUGGAGCCCAGCCUGCCCUGCCCUUCAGGACCCUGUCCCUGUGCUGCCUGCUUUCCCCUCCACAGCCAACCUUGCUGGUCCAGCCUUGGUGUGGGGGUUGGGGACAUCUGCAUCCUGUGAGUCUGUGCUACCCUGAGCUGCAGCCCCUCAUUCCACACUAAAAAUAGGAACCUGAAUGUGAACUUGAUUGUUCACAUCCUUGACCCAAGUGUUGAUUGCUUUUUUGUUGGGAGCGAUGCCCUUGAAGCCCUCCACUAUUAAUGUUAUUAUUAUGGUUAGAAUUAAGUAUGACUGGGUUCAUAGAAACUCCCCAGCCAGCUGCAGGAGACUAAUACAAAUCUGGUGAUCAAAAUGAAUAAUAAUAUGAUAAGGCUGUGACCUUGUUGAGAAAUAUAUCUGACGUUAAGAUACCCAAUGUGAUGACCUGUAACCUUUCUGAAAAACCAACAUCCUACUGACUAAUAAUAUGACAAACCUGUGACCUGUCUAACAUCCUGUCAACAUCAGCCUAUUCCCUGACCACACGAAUAUUGUGUAAAUGUUUCUUACUUCCCCCCUCCCUCUGUUACCCACGUUAUGGUAUAAAUUCAGCCUUGGGGAAAAAUAAAAUUGUCGCCUUGAUCAGACUCUUGUCCUGGCGUCCUUCUUCGUGUCUCUUGUCCCUCAUUCUCUUCCAGAUACACCCAGCACCCUCCUUAACUGUCCUGCAGGACGUGACACUUUUGAAAUUUCUAGAUGGAAUAUUUAGAGGUUUUUUUUGUUUUGGUGUUUUGUUUUUGAAAAAAAAUAAAUGGCAGAUGGAGAAGCUUCCAGAGUCUGUGUCACUAAGCUGUGUGUAUCUGGUGGGACAGGGUGAGGAUGUGGGAGCUGAGUGUGGACAGGGCUGUGCCCAGGUGUGCUCAGUCAGUUCUUGUCUUUGAUGGGCUCAGGCCUCAGCUCUGUCACCUCCAGGCUGUGCCCUCUCCAUCACUGUGAAGACAUGGGGAGAGUCUGUGAUCACAAGGACACAGGGAAGGCCAGAGCCUUGUCCUGUCCCCAGGAUUAUGAGCCCCCAGGGCUGAAGAUCAGAGACUCAAGUGGGGUCCUCUAAAGUGCAGGGUGCAUAAGACGAGUCACUACAUUUCCUCCCACCCACUUGAUUUAGCUGCUAAUGAUGAGUUCGGGAAGCUGCCCUGGGCUCUCCCUGUAGCCAUGCUGCUGUGGUGAUUUCUGCUUCUCUCCAGUGUCAGGGAACUGAGGUGUAGGAUGUGCUUUUUUGUGAACUCUCAGGAGCACAUACCCAGCUGAGAUAAUUGGCUUAGACUUUUCAAAACCUAUUUUCAGUAUUGGGAUUCUUAAAUAUGUAAUCUCCCUUCUCAUCCAAACCCCACCAAAGGACAUGGAAAAGAAGUGUUAUGAGGAUACUGGAGAGGUGGGCUUGUUUAGAAAUGGUUCUCUGGGGCAAAUUAAUCUGCAGCUCAGUUCACAAGAAUCAGCAAUGGCUGGUCAGUUCAGAAGAAGCUGGGAGGCUGAGCUGUUUGCUGUGUAGUAGUUCCUGAGGUCAACUCCAAUCUCUAAUUGACAGUACAGCAGCGGUCCAGGUCCGUAGUGUCAGGAUGGCAGACACAAUCAUCAGCGGUGGCACAAGGCAGCAGAAACUGCCAGGCCUCCACCAAAUCGGCAUGAGUCAGCAGGACUGAGCAGGACCAGCAGGGAAGCCAGGAGAAGUUCUCUGCUGUGACUCCAUCCACAAAGCAGAGCUCUGGGAAGGUGAAGACUGGAGACCAAGGAAGCGCUGCAAAGCCAGCUGUGCAAGCCGCCCCCACUGUCUACUGUGUCCUCUUCAUUCUCCCUCCAAACAGCACGUAUCCUCCACGAGUCUUGCCUCAGUGAAAUUCCACUUGAGUCUGUAUCAGCUGACAUAUCCCGAAACUUCCACUCUGCCCACCAGCCCACUGCAGAGGCAGCGAGAAGCCACCAGCAAAUCACCAGAAGUUUUUGGUGCAUUUCUCUCUAUGGAAUCAGGAGAAACGGUGACCCAUAAACAAUGGUAAGACUCAGCCAUAGCAUGCA